GCCGGGUGCUGACGGGUCAUUUGUGGCGAGAUGACGUCGAAGUGUUGUUUGCUGCUGGUCGUCAUGGCAACCGUCACCAGCUCGGUGAUGGCCACCGCCGAGGUGAUGAGCCACGUCACCGCACAUUUCGGGAAAGCUCUCGAGGAGUGCAGAGAAGAGUCAGGGUUGUCGGCGGAGGUGCUGGAGGAGUUCCAGCACUUCUGGCGCGAGGACUUCGAGGUGGUGCACCGCGAGCUGGGCUGCGCCAUCAUCUGCAUGUCCAACAAGUUCUCGCUGCUGCAGGACGACAGCAGGAUGCACCACGUCAACAUGCACGACUACGUCAAGAGCUUCCCUAAUGGCCACGUGUUAUCCGAGAAGUUGGUGGAACUGAUCCACAACUGCGAGAAGAAGUUCGACAGCAUGACGGACGACUGCGAGCGCGUGGUGAAGGUGGCUGCCUGCUUCAAGGUGGACGCGAAGGCAGCCGGCAUCGCGCCCGAGGUGGCCAUGAUCGAGGCCGUCAUGGAGAAGUACUUAGCCGCGGAUAUAAGCGAGUCCUGGCCACGAGCCGCCACAAUGACGCUCCGGCAGUCGGCUACCAUGUCGGUGAGGGUGGCGCUGGUGGUGGCCGCCAGUCUCGUGGUGGUGCAAGCCUCGCAAGAUGUCAUGAAGAACUUGGCCAUCAAUUUCGCGAAACCAUUGGAUGACUGUAGGAAGGAGAUGGACCUGCCGGACUCGGUGACGACAGACUUCUACAACUUCUGGAAGGAAGGCUACGAGCUGACGAACAGACAGACCGGCUGCGCUAUCCUCUGUCUCUCCUCCAAGUUGGAGAUUCUCGACCAGGAACUGAACCUACACCACGGCAGGGCACAAGAAUUUGCCAUGAAACACGGAGCUGACGAGGCCAUGGCGAAGCAGAUAGUGGACAUGAUCCACACGUGUGCGCAGUCGACCCCCGACGUGGCGGCCGACCCCUGCAUGAAGACCCUGAACGUGGCCAAGUGCUUCAAGGACAAGAUCCACGAGCUCAACUGGGCGCCCAGCAUGGAACUCGUCGUGGGAGAAGUGCUGGCUGAAGUGUAACUUCAAUACUCCACAACUCAAGACUCAGAUAUAUUGAACUCAUUUCGCUAUCAAUUUGUUUCGUCAGUCUAAAUAAAGCUUGAAAAUUGUUAAAUAAAAGGUUUCCAAAAUGUCAUCACGACUCGGCUCGUUCAAUGGAUUUGGAUUAGGUUAGGUUGGUAGUGAACAAUCUCGUGGCUCGCCAGCUCGCCAGCUCGCCUCAGAGGGUGUGGGUAGAUGUAAGCAGCAACAUGAUGGACAAUACUGUUCAAUAAACUGUACAUCACUG